AUGAAAUACACGUUUAUUUUAUUUUCUAUUGCGGUAAUAAAAAGUGUCCACAGUUAUGUUGUUUCCGAAACAAAAGAUGUAAAAAAUACGAAAGAUUUAUAUGAGAACCGAACAUCAAUUCAUAAAUUUAUUGAGAAAAAACAUGAGUCGUGGAAAAUCUUCACCGCAGAAGAGCGUGGCGUAUAUCUAGAUGAUGUAUUAUACGCUUUGAGAAAUCAAAACUGGACUGCGGACGAGAAGCCAUGCUUGAACGAAACGUUGUUGGUAUUGCAGAAUUUGCAAAAUUUUACUUUAUUAUCCGUGUGGCAAUGGGAUUCUAUUUCAUCCGAACCCCAAGGGCUUUUGUAUGGCAAUCGAUACCAUCUAGGUAAUUUCGACCAAUGUAUAGAAGUACCCUGGGACGAUACCUAUCCUGAUUUGAGAAAUCAGUACUGUCUCGCUGACAUUGUUCUCGAAAGAUCGGAUAAAACUCCUAGAAAGCGAGUCAAAGACCUUUACAACCCAUAUCAAUCAGCUCUGGAUCUUAUAGAGCACCGUUCUCUCUUCAUGAGGCCUCUAAACUACUUAACGUGGGGCCUCUGCGUUCCAAGUUCCUGUCAACCGCAAUCAGUGCAGCGCUUGCUGGGUAUAUUACUGGCUCAAAGCCACCUCGGUGCGGCAGGUUUGCGAGCUCGCAUCACAGUCAAUGAACCAUGUCAAAGUAUUGAUAAACCCAGAGAGUAUGACGCUCUUUUCUACUCAUUUAUUGGAGUAAUGGCGUUUUUUGCAGCAGUGGUUUUAAUUUGUACAUACAUAAGACAUAAACGAUCGGUUCGUGAGAAAAAGACAUUAGGUGAUGAAAUAAUCAAGGCGAUAUGUCUUAAAAAUAACGCACAGGAUCUGUUGAAAGUGAAUAAGGGAGGAACCGAAGUGUUUUAUGGUAUUCGGUUUUUGAACAUUUGUUUUAUAGUGCUAGAUCAUCAGUUUGGUAUGGCUAACGGUGGCCCCAUUAGUAACGGCGCUCAAGUUGACAAGGCUGCGUUGUCGAUCAUAGGCCUGUUAAUUCUACAUAAUGAUUUAUUCGUGGACACGUUUUUCCUCCUGUCUGGAUUUCUUGCCGCAACAGGCUUAUCAGCUUUCAAAAGAUUUCCUAAUCCAUUCAUUUUAAUUCUGAAGAGAUAUUUAAGACUUGCAACGGCCUUCGCCGUUGUAAUUUUCUACGUUAGCGCCGUUUACCCAUAUACUGGAUCUGGUCCGCUGUGGAACAGGGCCAUAGCCUCUGACACCGAUCAGUGUCGCAAGAACUGGUGGAUCAGCCUUCUUAUGCUGAACAAUUAUAUCGACAGCGAGAAUAUUUGCAUGGUCGUUUCGUGGUACAUCCCCUGUGACUUCCACUUCUUUACGUUCACAAUGCUGUUAUACUGGUUGUAUAGAAAGCACGCAAAACUAGGUAUAACUUGCGCAGUUGUUGUAUCUAUCGCCGCCAUAAUAACGCCAGGAAUUGUCAACUACCUUCAUCAACUUCCUCCUAUACAACUUUUCACUUAUGACUUUCUAACAAAUCCUCGUAGUCUCGAGCAGUUCCAUUUGACUUAUAUCAAAAGUCACACCCGCUACGCUUCGUAUCUCGUCGGCUUCUUCAGUGGCCUCAUUUUUAAUAAAUAUAAAACUAAAGACAACAUUAACAGGAUUUCUAAGAAAUAUUCUGUGCUGGGCGCUUGCUUCGGUAUUGUUAUGAUGCUGGCUAUUAUGAUGUACGGUGCUACAUUCGUAUGGCGCGACUAUGGGCCCAUAGGAGCCGCAAUCUAUGCCGCGAUCGAACGUCCUUUGUGGGCUAGCAGUGCCGCACUGUUGCUUGUGUGCUGCUGUUUGGGACACGUGCCUCUACUAAAAAGCUUUCUCAGCUGGUACCCUUGGGUCCCACUGAGUCGACUCAGCUACGGCUUGUACCUCACACACGCAAUCAUCAUCACUCGCAACGUCUUUAGCGCCAGAGUCUCUCAGCACGCUGAUAUCUUCUUCUUUUUUAUUCAGACGGCUGGCGUUAUAUUCUGGGGCUGCUUGGCAUCCCUUAUUAUUUUGAUAUUGGUCGAACUGCCUGUGAUCAACUUGAUAUCUUUGUGUUUUAAACAGAGACCGAAAUCAGAAGAUAAUCAACCAAAAAUAAAAGAAAAUUAUCAGCAUCGUAACAUUGAAACCAGUGGGGUAGAAAAUGGAGGCUUCAUGCAAGAAAAUCUAAUUUGCCCGAAUAAAAUAGUUGUUAAAUUUUAA